GAUUUGGAGUGCGUGCAGCUGUGAGGCUGUAGCUGCUUUACCGCGGCCCAGUCUCUCAGGCUGGCAUGAGCGCGAUCAGGAGUGCAGCAGGGCCUGCUGGAAAAGAGCUUCUGAGCCGAGUCAGAGAAAGGGAAACUGUAUAAGUGGAUGAAAAGAAAGGGAACAAUGAACAGAGAAGAUGCCUUCCUGGCUCACUAACAACAAAAAGUGAUGGGCUGUGGGACAAGCAAAGUGCUGCCUGAGCCCCCUAAAAACAUUCAUUUGGAUCUAGUUAAAACUGUGGAACCGUAUACUGGCCAACACCAUGAUAAGUACAAGCACUUUAUUAAAUAUGACGCCAUCAAGAGUGGAGGUAAGACAGGCCAGCCACCACCUCAUCAGACUAAUGUGUACCAGCAAACUGGACACUGGGACCAGCAGAAUGAUCCUAGAAGAAAUAAAGUGGCCAAAUACCGUGCAAAGUUUGACCCCAGAGUGACUGCAAAAUAUGACAUCAAGGCACUGAUUGGUCGUGGGAGUUUUAGUAGAGUGGUCAGAGUGGAGCACAAGAGCACUAAACAACCUUAUGCAAUAAAACUGAUUGAGACAAAGUACAAGGAAGGAAGAGAAGUGUGUGAAUCUGAACUCAACGUCCUCAGGAGAGUGAGACAUGCCAAUGUUAUACAGCUCAUUGAAGUAUUUGAGACACAAGAGAGAGUUUAUAUGGUGAUGGAAUUAGCAACUGGAGGUGAACUCUUUGACAGGAUCAUAGCCAAAGGCUCCUUUACUGAAAGAGAUGCUACUAGAGUGCUUCAAAUGGUUCUUGAGGGAGUUAAAUAUUUGCAUAUCCUAGGCAUUACACAUAGAGAUCUGAAACCAGAAAAUUUGCUGUACUAUCACCCAGGUGCUGAUUCCAAAAUUAUGAUCACAGACUUUGGAUUAGCAAGCACUCGAAAGAAAGGUGAUGACUGUCUUAUGAAGACCACCUGUGGCACCCCAGAAUAUAUUGCUCCAGAAAUUCUUGUGAGGAAGCCUUACACAAAUUCUGUUGACAUGUGGGCAUUGGGUGUGGUGUCCUACAUUUUGUUAAGUGGAACUAUGCCCUUUGAAGAUGAUAAUCGUACCCGAUUAUAUAGACAGAUAUUGAAGGGUAAAUACAGUUACUCAGGGGAGCCAUGGCCCAGUGUAUCAAAUCUAGCCAAGGAUUUUAUAGACCGACUGCUUACUGUGGAUCCCAAUGAAAGACUAACAGUGGGCCAAGCCUUGAAGCACCCUUGGGUCGUCAGCAUGGCAGCCUCCUCCUCCAUGAAGAACUUGCAUCGUUCUAUCUCUCAGAACCUUUUGAAGAGAGCUUCAUCUCGAUGCCAAAGUACCAAAUCGGCCCAGUCCACAAGAUCCAGUAGAUCAACAAAAUCUAACAAGUCACGGAGAGUACGAGAGCGAGAACUACGAGAGCUUAAUUUACGGUAUCAACAGCAGUACGAGGGUUGAAAAGAACUCAGCAUCUUAUACUAUGUUGCCUUCCACUCUGCACUUUCGUAUUCAUGUAACUCUCAAUAACAGGUUGACCAUUGUGGAUUCAAGAGAGUUUACACAAACCACUUUUUGCCAAUUUAAAGCUCUGAAAAUUUAAAAUUAAUUUUCAAAUUUUACCACAAGUUUAUUUGCUACUCUCAGAAGAAAAUAUUGACCAACAUUCAAAAUUAGUGGAAAAUAUUGAGCCAGAGACUUUUUCUAAUUAGAUUUGCUAAAUAUGUAUGAUAAAAUGACUACUGUACAUAAAAGGAUCAUUUACAGGAGUAAAAACAGAUCGGCAUAUCUGAAAUUGGACUAAAAGGGCAUGAAAUGUUGAGUCUUAGUUUUAUUUCACAAGUUCAGUUUUAUAAGCUGGUGCUGAUAAUUGUGAUCUGUCUUGUCCAUACACAUUGUUUUCAAUACCUUAACUUGAUAAAGUUGGUUCCAUUUGCAAAAAAUAACUUUACUGAUUUUCAUAAAUUCAAGGCCAUAAAUGAACAUUUCUGACUCAAUAAAUGUGCAUAAUAUAUACUUAAUCUCCCACUGAAAUGUCCUAAGUUUGAUAUAGGUGCAUCAGGAAUACAUACAAAAGCAACCUUUCUCAAACGUGUAUGUUUUCUACUUUUUAACCGUUCUUACAUUUGCACAACUUCCAUUGUAACCCACACUGAAAAGGCCGAGUUUCCUUUCAGUUGCGAGCGAAGAUAAUUUGUGCAACAGAUCUAAAUUGUUUUAAUUAGCCAUUAUAGCCUAAAAAUGAACAAAAUCAAAACUGCUACAGACCAUAGCUUUAUUUAUGCUUUCUCAAAAUUUGAUCCAUUCUAAUUCCUGACCGUACUAGUUUGCACUUGCAUUAUCAUGUCUGCUGUUAAGCAGAACCCUCAUCUCACUCAUUGUCUCUUGUUUGCAUCCACUUCAAACCAUCACUCCAUUUCCUCUUGCUUGACCCUCAAUAAAGAAGAGUAAAUAGCACUGUUUGCAGUUACCAGAUAAUGGUGUAGUAUUUUUCAGCUGAGUUUGAUCUGUGCCAUCUUCUGCUAACAGCUGCCUGAAAUAACAGUUAUAGUAACAUCUUAGACAUUGUAAACGUGCAGGCAACGCUGCCUCUGCAGUGCGGAGUUACCAAAGGCAACCCUUUUGUUAACCCUUUUGAUAUGCAAGGCCAAGUAAGUGACCAUGUGCUUAGUUUGUGGUCAUAUCCUUAAUUUAGUGUGCCAAAAACUGCAGAGCUUGUGAUGAAAGGGGUGAGAUUGCCCUGUUUAGUUAAUUAAGGCAUUCUAAUAAACAUUGUAAACAUUGUGGUAUGAUGCUGUUGUACCAAAUGCAUCUGAAUGAGAACCUCAAUGUUAACAAAGCUACCUGCAGAUCUCCAUGACAUCCAGGCUGGGUGGGUGAAUAAACAGGUGAGUGGUUGCUGGAUUUCAUUCUUUUAUAUGAAUGUAUGUGCUCAGCAUCAACCAUGGGUGACUUGCUGUUCAAUCUGUCAUUCUGUGACUAGGUUAGUCCUUGCCUUCCUAAGGCAAUUAGGGCCAACAUACCGGAGGAUGGAACUGUUGGCGUGGACCUGUGUCUGUCCUGAAAGCAUGGCUGUUUUGAAGAGAGAUCAUUUGUGUCUAAUUCUAUAUUAAUUUGCAUUGUGCUAUAGGUUGAUAAGGCACUUGUCUCUGACCAGUAAAAUAGCACGUUAUGCAGAUUUAUACUAAUUUUAGUAUCCCCAGACUAGAUCCUGUUCAUGUUUCACCAUAUCUCGGCUAAACCACAGUUUUCUAAUAUCCCUUAUGUAAAAUUAUUCUCGAAUUUGUCCUCCUUGAUCUUGCUCUUCGCAGCGAAUGUUAUCUCUUUUGUCCCUCUAAAUGUCCCUCACAGUCUCACCCAAAAUUGAGAUUCCUCCAGCAGGCACUUAGUGCAUAAUGCUCCAUUACAUAUUAGAUUCCCUAGAGUGGGGAAACAGGUCCUUUGGCCCAACCAGUCCACACCAACCUUCCGAAGAGUAACCCACCCAGACCCAUUUCCCUCUGAUUAAUGCAUCUAACACUAUGGGUAAUUUAGCAUUGCCAAUUCACCUAACCUGCACAUCUUUGGACCGAGGGAGGAAACCCACGCAGACACUGGGAGAAUGUGCAAACUCCACAAACAGUCACUCGAGGCUGGAAUCGAACCUGGGACCUUGGUACUGUGAGGCAGCAGUGCUAACCACUGAGCCAGCAUGCCGCCCUAUAUUGUGGAAUUUCUUCCCUCUCCUCCCUCUCUUCCUUUAUGGGAUGGGAGAUGAGAAUUGUAGUCAUGCGGUGUGUUGUGAAAAUCAAGAAUGCACCAACUGAGAAAGUAAGGAAUCACAUUCAUGAACUUUCAGAAAUGAAACAGACAUGUAUUUGAGAAGGAUAAGCGAACUAGGCUAUAAGGAAAGAGAAUGGGUCUGAACUAAUUAGAUAGUUAUUUCAAAGAGCCAACCAGGCCUAAUGGGCUGAAUGGCCUCCUUCUGCACCAUACAUUUCUAUGAUUUGAAUCCCUUAAAAAACAAUUCCUGACGAAACAUUAGCAUCAGUUCUUGUCUGAUUAUUUAUCUGUGAAGUACCACAGUAAACCUUUUUUGUGUUAAAGUACUGUGUACUUUGUUUUGAAUGUUUGGUUUAUUAAUAUAAUUGAAAAUAUCGAAAGGAAAAGAAAGGCCAUUCCUCUUUCGUGUCAAAACAACCUAUGUUAAGCUGCAGUUCCAUUCAUUUACCUUCACAUUUUACCUGUGGUCUGUCGUCUUCAUGUGAUACUGAUAGUUGAAGCUGACUCAACAGCUCAAGUCCCUUAGAAAAAUAUUUGUAACAUGGGCCCUUUCUAUUUUGUAUUUGUGCGUUGUUGGACAAUAACUUGCUCACAUUUUAUGUUUGUGUCUUUUUGCUUUUUGUCUGGUAUUUAUCCAUUUAUAUAAUCAAGUCAAUAUUAAAUGUUCAAAUGGCGUUGAUCCUUUUAAAUGUAUUAAAAAUAAUUCAUUUAUAAAUCUUA